AUGGCAUCUCAUAAUGUUCAAUUCCAAGAAGAAACCCGAAACAAACAAAAAAACACCACCGCAUCAAUACAAAAUCUUGAAGUCCAGAUGGGUCAAAUAGCACAACAAUUAGCCUCGAGUUCUCAAGAACAAGGUGCUCUACCUAGUGCAACUGUGACAAAUCCUAGAGAGCAUAAUAAUGUGAGCAUUGUGACAAUAAGAAGUGGUAAAUCUGAUGAAGUACUUGAGGAGAUGGCUGAAGAGGAAGAUCAAUUGAUCAAUGUGGAUCUUGAGAUCAAAGAAAAUGAAGUUGUAAGGGAAGAAUUGGUGGCACCGAAACCAGUAGUGAAAGAAACAGUCACUGAGCCUAAGCCGGUCAUUAAGCUUCCUUUUCAAACCAGAAAUAAGAAAAAGGGGCACCAUGAGAAAAACUUUGAGAAGUUCUUUGAGUUGUUCAAGAAGCUAGAAAUUAAUAUUCCACUUUUGGAAGCACUUGACAAAAUGGCUACUUAUGCCAAGUUCAUGAAGGACAUUAUUUCUAAGAGGCGUGCCAUCGAAACCAACCUGAUUAUUCUAACUAAAACUUGUAGUGCUAUUUUGCAGGGUAUGAAGAUCCUAAUGAAGAAGAAAGAUCAAGGAGCGAUCACUAUUCCUUGUACCAUUGGAGAUAGGUCAUUCAAAAAGGCUCUUAUUAAUCUAGGAGCAAGUGUGAGUCUCAUGGUGUUAUCCAUUUACAAGAAGCUUGGUAUAUGGGCUAUGCAAGAUACCAGGAUGACACUCCAAUUCGCUGAUCAUUCAAUCAAGAAACCUUAUGGUAUUGUUGAAGAUGUUCUAGUGAAAAUUGACAAGUUUGUAUUCCUGGUGGAUUUCGUGAUUCUAGAAAUGCCUGAAGAUGAAGAGAUCCCUUUCAUUCUUGGGAGACCCUUUUUAGAGACGGGAAGAUGUUUGAUCAACAUAGAAGAAGGGAUUAUGACAUUGAAGGUUUAUGAUGAGGAGUUAAAGAUUGUUGUUCGAAACACCAUGAAAUACAAAGAUGAUAUUUGUACUAGUCAUACUAUAGAGGUUCUGGAUCAAGUAAUGACGUAUGAUAGUCCUUUGAAUGCACCAUAA